AUGGCCAGUUACUUCAGUACAAAGUACAGCUAUGACAACAACAAUGGCAGCGGCAAUGGUAACAGCAGUGAUAGCGGAAGUGGUAAAGAUGACGUCAAAGACAAUGGUAGCUGCAAUGGCAAUGGUAACAGCAGUGAUAGCGAAAGUGGCAACGAUGAUGUCAAAGACAAUGGUAGCUGCAAUGGCAAUGGUAACAGCAGUGAUAGCGGAAGUGGCAACGAUGACGUCAAAGACAAUGGCAGCGGCAAUGGUAACAGCAGUGAUAGCAGAAGUGGCAACGAUGACGUCAAAGACAAUGGUAGAUGCAAUGGCAAUGGUAAUGGCAACCCAGCUGUAUGGAAUAAGGCCCUGGCAAUAAGGCAACCCGACCGAGUGAGUGGUAUGGACAAAGCAAAUCACCUCUAA